AGUUUAAUCCAAACGCCCCCAAAAUCUUUAAAUAUUUUGUUGUAAAGCUAAACCCUCGUUUGUCACACACAGAGGUUCGAGAAAAAUGAGUCACAACGAGCUUUACGCCGUAACACUCGGCGGCAAGGGUUCAUCUCUCUCUUCUUCCUCCGUCUACGCCACCGCUACCGGCCAAGCUCAAAUCCGAAUCGAUUCAUCUGCACUCGACAGGCUAUCCUCAACUCCGUCACUGAAGCAAAAAAUCACCAUCCCCGAAUUUCUAACCCUAGAAGAAACCAGAGCUUUCUUAACCGUUCUUCUCAACAAACUCCUCCUCUGUAACUCAUCAAAACAGUUUCCGUUAUGGAUAUCAGAAUCACUCAAUUCAAAUCGGAAGAGUUUUCAAUUCGAAGAGGAAUUCGAUGUCACCAAAGACGAACACUCAUUGUUGAUAAACAACGAGUGUUCGGCGGUGCUCGGUGUUUCUUCUGUUCUGGAGUAUCAAUCGGCGGUGCUUUCGGUGUUUGCUGAUGUUGCAGCUGCGUUUUCGUGUGAGGCGUUGAAGGCUGAUGUGACGGUUUUCAAUUUGAUGGAUUCUGGUGAUGGACAUAGUUCUAAGGAGGAAGUUGCUGUUGCUAGUGAUAUGAGAACUUUGCUUAAUGGAUCUAAGUUUGUGGGAAAGGAAAAGGUUCCUUCCAUUGUGAAAAUUCGGAAAGUUCAUGGGAUUAUUAGGAAGAAUGUGAAAUCCGUGCAUUCUACAAUGCGGGUUGAGUUGAAUUCGUGUCAUAAAUUAGGGGAAAUUGAGCUUGGUAGUGAGCACGAUGUGUGUACUGUGUUGUUGCCUUUGGCAAUGGCAUUGAGGGAAUUGGGUGAGUUUAGUUUUGCUCGUGCACAAAGUAAUUUGUCCGCUAUUGGUAGCGAAGAUUUGAAAUCGAGUAUAGGCGAAAUCUUUGGGAAGCAAUGUCCUACUGAUGCUAGUUUGAUUAGUAGUUUUAAUGAAUCUUUACAUUUAUAUUCUGGAAGAGUGUAUGAUAAGUUUGCGCAUGAAAUCAAUGUGUUGUUUCGGCUUGUUUGGAAAAUUGUGGCAUGGGAACUUGUGACUGCUUAUGCUGUACUCGAGGCUGCUGACUUAAAUGAAAAGAUCGGAAAUGUUCGGGAAAAUGGAGAGACUUCCAAAGUUGAUAAGAAGAAGAAGAAAGCUGUUUUGGGAAAAGGAACUAGUUCGAUUUUGGCUCUGAUUAAGGAUAGGUUGCAGAGUGAAAAAAAGAGUGAUGCAGAGAAUUCGCGGCUAUUGGAGACUUGGGUGGCUGAUUUUCUAUCGUUUUUGGAUUUGGCAAAACUUGAAUUCAAUGAAUUUUUAUUGAAAGUAAAGGAUGUUUUAGAAAGCAAUGAAAGCAGAAGAUUGCCCAAGCUUCCUAAGGGGACCCGUGAUUUUUCUAAAGAACAAAUGACAAUUAGAAAGGAAGCAUUUUCAGUAAUAGAAGAAGUUUUUGAGAGGCAUGGUGCCACAGCCUUGGAUACACCUGUCUUUGAAUUACGAGAAACUCUCAUGGGAAAAUAUGGAGAAGACUCAAAGUUGAUUUAUGAUCUUGCUGAUCAGGGUGGGGAGCAAUUAUCUUUGAGGUAUGACUUGACGGUUCCAUUUGCUAGGUUUGUAGCUAUGAAUGGUCUGCCAUCUUUGAAAAGGUACCAAAUAGCUAAGGUCUACAGAAGAGACAACCCAUCUAAAGGAAGAUACCGUGAAUUUUAUCAAUGUGACUUUGAUAUUGCUGGUCCAUCUGAAAAUAUGGCUGCAGAUUUUGAGGUUGUUAGAGUUUUGACUGAAUUGCUCGAGGAGCUGAAAAUUGGGGAUUUUGAGAUAAAGUUGAAUCAUAGAAAAUUACUGGAUGGAAUGAUGCAAAUAUGUGGAGUGCCUCCUGAAAAGUUUAGGACUAUAUGUUCAAGUAUUGACAAGUUGGACAAACAACCAUUUGAACAGAUAAGAAAAGAAAUGGUCGAAGAGAAAGGAUUAACUGCUGAGACAGCUGACAGAAUUGGAACUUUUGUUAAAGAUAAAGGACAUCCUUUAACAUUAUUAUCUAAACUUAAACAAGAAGGCAGUGCUUUCUUAGAAAAUGCUGGAUCUAUGGAUGCAUUGAAUGAGCUAGAAAUUUUAUUUAAUACUCUGGAUAAAUCAAAACGCCUUGAUAGGGUGGUUUUUGACUUGAGCCUUGCCAGAGGUCUUGAUUAUUAUACUGGAGUUAUAUUUGAAGCUGUUUUUAAAGGGGAAGCUCAGGUUGGUUCAAUUGCUGCUGGUGGCCGAUAUGAUAACCUGAUAGGGAUGUUUGGUUCAAAGCAAGUUUCAGCAGUUGGUGUUAGUCUGGGAAUCGAAAGAGUAUUUGUCAUAAAGGAGCAACAACUGAAGGAUCAGAACCAGGUGAUUCGACCAAACAAGACAGACGUCCUUGUGAGCAUAUUAGGGAAUGACGUAACACUAGCCGGAGAGCUAGUUGGUGAACUCUGGGAUGCUGGGGUGAAAGCAGAGUUCUUGGUCAACAAAAGAAGACAGAAGCACUUUGACCAUGCAAAAGAUUCAAAGAUCCCUUGGAUGAUACUUGUUGGUGAGAAGGAAAUAAAAGAUGGCACAGUGCAGUUGAAACACCUUGAGGCAGGUAGUGAUGUAAAAUAUGACAUCCCUAGAGAAACUUUUGUGGAGGAACUUCGGAAACGGUUAAAUCCAUAAGCCUGGUGUUUGCAGCAUCCUACUUAGCAUGUGUUGGGAGUAUGUGUUUUCACAGGGAUAUUGCGCGGCAACGUAAGUUACGUGAGUCAGCUUCUCACGGUGGUUCAAUCACUCGCACUGUGGAUUCAAAACUGCAUUUUGUAUUUCAUUUGUGUGCGUUUGAGUUAAAAGAGUAUAGGUUUUAUAAGAUUUGAUGUUUCAUAUUCAUUUAUCUAAUUUAGUUGAAAGAAUAACUUAUAUGGAGACAUUGAGUUUGUUGUUUGUCAAAAAAAGAUUGGGUUAGUUGAUCGAAA